GGGCACUGGGCGGGUCCACGGCGCGAUCGGUAGGCGCCCGUUCAUCUGCUAGUCGGCGGUGAGUUCCUGCGAUAGGUCUCCCUGCCUUCCCUCCAGCAGGAAACUGAUAGGGAGCAGUGAAAGUUCCCCUUCUCUCCUAAGGAACAGCUUCUGUCCUGCUGAACAGGAUAAGGUGAACACAGAUCAAGGAAACUUCACUGAAGAUGUCUAAGCAACAGCCAACUCAGUUUAUAAAUCCAGAAACUCCUGGCUAUGUCGGAUUUGCAAAUCUUCCCAAUCAAGUUCACCGAAAAUCAGUGAAAAAGGGUUUUGAGUUCACACUAAUGGUGGUCGGUGAAUCAGGUCUUGGAAAAUCAACUCUCAUAAACAGCCUGUUCCUGACUGACCUUUACCCAGAAAGAAUCAUCCCCGGAGCUGCAGAGAAAAUUGAAAGAACUGUCCAGAUUGAGGCUUCGACUGUGGAGAUCGAGGAGCGAGGGGUCAAGCUGCGCCUGACAGUGGUGGACACGCCUGGCUACGGGGACGCCAUCAACUGCAGGGAUUGUUUUAAGACCAUCAUCUCCUACAUCGAUGAGCAGUUUGAACGGUACCUGCAUGACGAGAGUGGCUUGAACAGACGGCACAUCAUUGAUAAUAGAGUGCACUGCUGCUUUUACUUUAUUUCGCCCUUUGGACACGGACUUAAGCCUUUAGACGUCGCAUUUAUGAAAGCAAUACACAAUAAGGUGAACAUCGUGCCUGUCAUUGCCAAAGCCGACACGCUCACCCUGAAGGAACGGGAGCGCUUGAAGAAGAGGAUUCUGGAUGAAAUUGAAGAACAUAACAUCAAAAUCUAUCACUUACCUGAUGCAGAAUCAGAUGAAGAUGAGGACUUUAAAGAGCAGACUAGACUUCUCAAGGCCAGUAUCCCAUUCUCUGUGGUUGGAUCCAAUCAGUUGAUUGAAGCCAAGGGCAAGAAGGUCAGAGGCCGCCUCUACCCAUGGGGUGUUGUGGAGGUGGAGAACCCGGAGCACAACGACUUUCUGAAGCUGCGGACGAUGCUCAUCACCCACAUGCAGGAUCUCCAGGAGGUGACUCAGGACCUUCACUAUGAAAACUUCCGCUCUGAGAGGCUCAAGAGAGGCGGCAGGAAAGUGGAAAACGAGGACAUGAAUAAAGACCAGAUCCUGCUGGAGAAGGAAGCAGAGCUCCGCCGCAUGCAGGAGAUGAUCGCCAGGAUGCAGGCACAAAUGCAGCUGCAGAUGCAGGGUGGGGAUGGCGACGGCGGGGCCCAUGGGCACCAUGUGUGAGAAAACGCUUUGCAAGAUACAGAAAACAUUCCGCAUGAGUUCUACAGCUGCGUGUUUCCGAGAGAUCAUUGGAAGGGUGCCCAUCCACAUUUUACAGUACCUGUGCCUGAGAAUUUAAUUUUUUUUUUAACUUUUGAUGUGUUGUUUUGUAUGAAGUACUUUUAACAUUUGUAUUUCGUUGCUAUGUUAUACUUUAUAUUUUGUGAGGUGAACCUUGCAUUUUUCAUUUUUCUUCCACCUUGACUAACCACUAAUGUUGGAACUGAUUUCCAGGAUCAGUCAGUAUAUAUAAUUAACAUUGAAUUUCUUUGAUUUGGCUGGCCUGACUAGUUGUUGAGGAGCACUCUUGAUUUCAUUUCUAGAACAUUUGGACAUAGCCAGCCUGUGCCUGGGUGCUAGCAAUGUGGACCCAGUGAUGUGGAAAGAUGAGCUGGCAUCUGCAGGGCACUCACCUGCCAGGUCACCAGGAUGGCGCUUCUCCCUUGCUUCACUUUGCUUCGAGCACAAUACCUAAAACCAGUUUUGCUGCUAUAAUUCAAUACUGUUAAUUCAUCUGCACAUUUGCUUUUUUACCAAGUAAAACAGAACUAUUAUCUAAUACGGUAUGUGUAUACUUAAAUAGCUCUUUUAAAAACAGGUAAUCAGGGGCAAAUUUUAAGAAGUCUUUGGCUUCUGAUGCUAGGUCAUUUUUUAAGCUGCUCUGCAGAGAACACCACAAGCCACGUUUCGUAGUGUUCCCCGCUGAUACUGGUAAUACUCCGCUAUGUCAUGAGUGUCCGUGAGCACCAGUUUUCAUAUUAUGGCAGCGAUUCUUACCCACACAGAGCCAAUAAAUUAUUUUUACUCAACUAACAUGAAAAGGAACUUUUUUAAGGAAAAUUAAUAAAUGAUAUAUUUAGAAACCAGCCUUUUUUAUAUUUUUCUAUGGCACUCUCAUGUGCUUUCUGUAUCUAUAGGUUUAUAAGAUCUGCCUCAGCAGUGAGAAUCGGGGUCCUUUGGAGGGUAGCCCUCUGAACCCAGACCAGUCCUGGGCCCUGAGGCUCAUGACCCCAUAAUGCCUGAAUUCCGGGUUGGCUUUCUUUUAACUGGUUCUCUAAAAAUUGUUAACAGUUUUCUGAAAUGCAGAUAGGAGCGAUCAUUUUUCUAUGUGCAGACUGUUGUACAUUUUCAGCUACCAUCACACCCUUAGUUGUGUCGGGUGAGACUGAAAGACAUUUCAAAUCUGUGCCGUGGUGUAGGACUGUUCAGUGCCACCGGUCCAAUUGGUUUUCUGUGGCCUUGGCCGCUCCCUUCCCUCCAAGGGGCACUAAGGGGCUCUGGGGCUUGCUUUUUUCAACAUUUCUACUGACACUGGGAAACUGGUCCCCAGAAAGUGACAGGUGAAAGGACACCUGGAGGGAGCAGGUGUUGGCUCCGUGUUUUCAUUUAGCUCUAAUAGGAGGGACAGAGAUGCAGAAAAUGCUUCACCUGAAGAUGGGAAGAGUUUUUUGCUUGGGCCAAAAUAAAGUGACGUGGUCCAAACAGGUUAGUCACAGAGGCGGGCUACAGACAGUAAUCGGGUGUUCUCAAGAAUUUUGUCUUCUCAUUGUUGCAUGAAGAAGCCUUAGGUUCAGGUACAGUCAUACAAAGGUCCAUCAAGAGGAAACGUAAAGUGUUUGAUGACUUUAGAGCACCUCCGUGUGAGGCCAGCUAUCUGGGUUACGUUGGCAUUAAGUACACUAGGAAAAGCCAUUUAAAAGGUGGUGCUGGGGGCACAGUUGUGCGUGGUGGCUGCAGCCCCCCUUCCCCCCAAGUUUGCAAGAACUGCUAGGGCCAGCCGUUAGUCACAUGAUAAGGGCUAUUUGGGUGGGCAGACCUAUAUCCUCUCGCGUCUAUGGCCCCCUCUGUUUUGCUGCCCAAAUCUAAAUACAAACUUUCACUUAGAGAUAAUUGUUUUACUAAGGGGUAAUCUUUACCUAUAGAAAUGUAUUUUGAAAACUUAUUUCACACAGCAAUUUUGUAUCCAUUGAAACUAACCUUUUAUCAAUAAAGCACUGUUGUUUGGCUAUUAA